AUGUCAACCAUCACGCAGUCUGAGGCGAUCAGCCUCUCUGAAAAAGCCGCCGUCCGCUUCAAGCCCCAACUUCUCAUUGGCAACGGAUGCAACACGUACCCUGCCGUGAACGCCCAGGGUCAGACCAGCGGAGGUCUCAAGCCCACUGGGGGGUCGAUGGACACGUGCAUCUUGGCGUCGUCACCCUGCUCCCUGUACGUGCGUUCGGCGUGGCAAAAGAACGUGUGGGCCACCAUGUACGCCUGGUACUUCCCCAAAGACUCGCCCAAAUCCGGCAAAGGCCACCGUCACGACUGGGAGAACAUCGUGGUGUGGCUGGAGAACCCCGCGCCGGAAUGCACGAAGCUCCUUGCUGUGUCUACGUCGUCAGAUAAUGGCGAGUAUCUGAAGUAUUCCCCUCCCGAUAAGAAGUUCAUCGCGGGUAACGCCCCACUCGUCAAAUACGAAAGUGUGGACGGGAACUCUGAAGCUCAACAAAUACGGGGGAGGCUUGCAAGAGCUCGUGACGUGGAGCCAACUGCCUGA